GUGAUUACACAAGGAGUAUGCCUCAAUCAUCAGACCCCAUCUAACCUAAUUUGCUCUGCAGUCUUGACCAUUCAUUUCAAAGAGCAUUGGUUAUAAAUACACAUAUGAGUGUUAUCACUAGCAUCCCAACUCCUCAAACUCACAAGUACUCACCUUUCUUCUUUAGGCACAAUCUUAUUAUUACAAUCAUGGGUUUUCGCUUUGCUAGCUUAGUUCAUGCCAAGCAACUCAUUCAGAGGCCUUUUUCAAGCACAAAAGAUAUUCCAAAAGGCUUUGUGGCAGUUUAUGUUGGUGAUGAGAGCAGAAUGAAGAGGUUUGUGAUCCCUGUGGCAUACUUGAACCAACCUUCAUUCCAACACUUUCUAAGUCAAGCUGAAGAAGAAUUCGGAUUUGAUCAUCCACUGGGAGCUCUUACAAUUCCAUGCACAGAAGAUUCUUUCAUCGAUCUUAUUUCUCACUUAAGCUCCUAAGCUUAUGAGUUUACACACCAACAGAUGCUAACCACACUAAACUUAUUGUUACAUUUUUUUAGGCAUACACAAUGCCAUGUUGUAAAUAUUUUUUCCUUGGGAACAAAAUUUGUCCCAAAAAUGAUACAAAUUAAUGAAUAUUAUUGGAAUUUUUCUCA